AUGCACAAGAAGGAUAGCCAGCCACAUGAGAACAUCAUACUCCUCGGCAUGGGGUUGUAUGAUGAUGCCAUUAUGGCCAUCAUAAAGUUCAUCGGCAACCAGACCAUUGCUAUUAGCACUUGGGAGGCAGCUCUUGUUAGGCUUCCACAGCUGACAAAUGACAAGCCUAAGGGUAUCACGUCGAAGCAUAAAGAGCUCAUGGACUUGAUCACCAUAGCAAUGAACAAGAUUAAAGAAGUCAACUGGCUUUACACUAAGGUCACAAAAUAUUUCACAAUGACUGCCUCAUAUGUAAUUGGCUUUGUUCUUUACUGCACCAAGGUCAAGAUGGAUAAGGACAAGAUUGAGUGGAAGGAAUUUAAGGGGAAUAAGCUCUUUAUUGUAAUGGCCAAAAAUGACAAGUUUUCAGAUGGUGGUGACUCUGGCUUGUUUGUGGUGGAUUAUGGGCGGUGGGGUCCUACUAAUAAGAUGGACAAGAUGUAUACCACUCCCUUCUACAUGCUCCAGAAGGCCAUCAAGAAAAAGUAUCUGAACUGCCACCUUGUCCUCACUGCUGCCUAA